AUGGCCAAGAGAAAGAGAAAUGACCCUCCUAAGGAGGAGGCAUCUGUCCAAUCCCCUUCCAAGGCCGUCAAAUCCACAGCUACCCCAUCGCAAGCUCCAGAUGCAGCUUUGACCGUCCAAGUGAUCACGGGCUCCUAUGAACGGGUGUUGCAUGGUUUCACUGCCGGCAUUCCCGCAUCUUCCCUGCAGUCCAAGAAGGAUGCCUCAAAAGACUCUGUUACCGACAUUCAAUGUGUCGAUACCUUCUUGUUCGAAGCCCAUGGGUCCGCUAUUCGUUGUCUUGCACUUUCUCCACUGCCCAAGCCUACGGACAAGGGCGACGCACAGAAGAUUAUUCUGGCCAGUGGCUCCACUGAUGAGCGUAUCAAUCUUUACUCGAUCUCCGCUGCCCCGCCCGCCGUGAACGAUGAUUACCCCUCUGUGCCGACCCUAGCCGGAAACAAAAUCCUCGAAAACCCAAGAAACCGCGAACUGGGAUCCUUGUUGCACCAUACCGCCAGCAUCUCCGCCUUGAGCUUCCCCUCCCGAAGCAAGUUGCUCGCCGCUGGCGAGGAUAACAGUAUCUCGGUAUCAAAAACCCGUGAUUGGACUGUCGUUUCGACCAUUAAAGCGCCACGCCCUAAGGUUUAUGGCCGACCCAGUGGUGACACAGCGCCAGAGGGCGCCACUCCAGCCGGAGUGAACCACUUUGCUGUUCAUCCUAGCAUGAAGCUGAUGCUGAGUGUUGGCAAGGGAGAGAAGUGUAUGCGACUCUGGAAUCUGGUGACCGGUAGAAAGGCCGGUGUGCUGAAUUUUGAUCGGGAGUUACUACAGAGUGUGAAGGAGGGCAAGUACAGCAAAGGAGAGGGACAGCGCAUCGCUUGGAACGCCGCUGGUGAGGAGUUUGCGGUGGCUUUCGAAUGGGGUGCGGUGGUAUUUGGAAUUGACUCAACUCCCAAGUGCCGAGUGGUCCCCAGUCCACGGAGCAAAAUCCACCAGAUGAAGUAUGUCCCACGGCCCACAAAGGACGAUGAGAAAGAUGACUUGCUGGCUGUUUCCACUGAGGACGGUCGUGUCAUUUUCUAUUCGACUCAAGAAUUGCAGGAGGUAGAGGAAGACGCCGACUCGACCAUUCCUCACGCGACUCCGGUUGCUCAGAUUGGUGGAAAGCAAGCUGGUUUCCCAGGACGCAUCAAGGAUUUCGAGGUCUUGAGUCUGGAGGACCAAGCGAAGGACCUUCGUGAUGGCGUUCUGGUUGUGGCCGGUAACAGCGAUGGUGUGGUCCGUGUCUGGAGAGCUACCAGCAAAGACCUUACUCUUUCCAAGAAGUCUAAGGGCUCCAAGGAGGCUCAAGAGGGCAUUCCCCAGGUUGGCAGUGUAUUGAGCACCUAUGAGACCGGAAACCGCAUCACCUGUUUGGCCGCCUUUGUGAUGCUACCGGCGGAAGAUCCAGAUACUCUGAUUGACUCUGAGGAUGACGAGGAUGAGGAACUUGAGUCGAGUGAUGAGAGUGAUGACGAGUAA